AUGUCUGAUAACCAUUCUAAGUCUGUUUUAACCAAACAUGGUCGCAAGGGGACUGUAAUUACCUUUAAUAUGAAAAAGAAAGAAUCAUUUGUAAAUGGUUUUCAAAAAAGAAAAAAAGAGAGAAGGGAGAAAAGUACAGAGAGAAAGAAAUUGAAAGAUAAACAAUUUAGAGAUGGAGUGAAGAGGGAUGCAAAAGAUGCAAUGAAAAAGCAUAUUAAAACAAUUGAAGAAAUUUACAAUUCAAGACAAGAAGAUUCUAACAAAGAUAAUAAUGGCCAAGGAAUCUUAGAAACUCUUGAAAUUCCUCGAGGUAAUCCAAAGAUAAUUAAAUAUAAUGGAAAUAUGUCAAACAAAAAUGAAUAUCAUCCUUGGAGCAUGCCCUGCUCUGUUAAAAUAACAGAUUCUAUAUAA